AUGGCGUCCGUUCCUUGUCUUGUCUCGCUCUCGCUCUGCCUCCUCGUCCUCUCCCACGCCUGCUCCGCCCAGCUGGAGCAGGUCACCUCCCAGCACGGAUGGACACGUGUCCGCGGCGAGCAGCGGCGCGGCGAGGGCUACAGCCUCGACGAGUGCCAGUUCAGCCGCCUCAGCGCCAGGGAGCCCGACCGCCGCCUCACCUCCGAGGCCGGCGUCACCGACGUCUGGGACGAGAACGACGACCAGUUCCGCUGCGCCGGCGCCGCCGCACUCCGCCACACCAUCGAGGAGCGCGGCCUCCUCCUCCCUGCCUACACCAACGCCCCCAAGCUCGUCUACGUUGACCAAGGUCAACUCCAUUGCAUAUUUGCAGGACAAGGAUACCACGGAGCGGCCAUCCCGGGGUGCGCCGAGACGUUCCAGUCACAGGAGGAGUCGCAGCAGCAGCAGGACCCGAGGCAAGGGUUCAGAGACCAGCACCAGAAGAUCAGGAAGGUCCGGGAGGGUGACGUCAUCGCCCUGCCGGCCGGGGUCGCCGACUGGUUCUACAACGACGCUCAGACUCCUCUCGUACUCGUCCAGAUCAUGGACACCAGCAACCCCGCCAACCAGCUCGACAACAACUUCAGGAAAUUCUUCCUGGCAGGUAACCCGCAACAGCAAAUCCAAGGGCAAAGAGGACAGUUCUCCGGACAAGGGUUCCAGAGGGGAGAGAGCCAGAGCCAGAGCCGACGCGGCGGCUCCGGCGGCCAGGAGCAGCGUUCGGGCAACAUCUUCCAGGGCUUCGACGAGCAGUUCCUGGCUGAGGCGUUCAACGUGGACACCGACCUGGCGAGGAGGAUGAAGAACGAGAACGACAACAGGGGCGUCAUCGUCCGCGUCGAGGACAGGCUCCAGUUCCUGACCCCGGAGUUCAGCGAGGAAGAGCGGAGCGAGUACCAGAGAGGCAGACCCGCCAACGGGGUCGAGGAGACGUUCUGCUCCGCCCGGCUGAAGCAGAACAUCAACGACCCCUCACGCGCCGACGUGUACAACCCACGCGCGGGUCGCAUCACGUCGGUCAACAGCCACAACCUCCCCAUCCUCCGCUCCCUCCGCCUCAGCGCCCAGAAGGGACACCUCUACCAAAACGCCAUCAUGGCCCCGCACUGGAACAUCAACGCCCACAGCAUCUGCUACUUCACGCGCGGGACCGGGCGCGUGCAGAUCGUGGACGAGAACGGUCGGUCCGUGUUCGACGGGGAGGUGCGUGAGGGCCAGAUCCUCACGGCGCCGCACAACUUCGCGGUGGUGAAGCGUGCCGGAGGGGAAGGGCUGGAGUGGGUGGCGUUCAAGACCAAUGAUCAGGCCAAGAUCAGCCAGCUGGCGGGCCGGGUUUCGUCGAUGCGGGCGUUCCCCGAGGAAGUGAUCGCCAACUCCUUCCAGGUGUCGAGGGAGGAGGCGAGGAGGCUCAAGUUUAACAGGGAUGAGGUCACGCUGUUCAGCCCUGGGUCUCGUUCCCAGUACAGAGCCUGA